AUGACAGGUCCACUUGCCUCACAGGAGCAGAGACUGUGGAUUCUUUGUGUGGUUUUGAUCGCUGCAGCUGGAGAGGAUAUUCCUUGCCCCAAAGGUGGUCGGAUCCACCUGGGCAGCUGGCGAUGCUAUUGGCUCUCUGAGAUGACAUCUUCAUGGCGUGAGGCACAGGAUUCAUGCAGAGAGACGGAGGGAGGAGAUCUGGCAUCUGCUGACAGCCUGGAGCUGCAAAACUUCAUCCACUACUCCUUUCCAGUAAAAAACACUGUGUGGGUAUGGCUGAGGGCCUCGGGGGGAGAAGGGUCCGAGCAGGUUGGGGUUGUGGAGCCAGUGAGUCCUGCAUGGUGGGACGGAGGCAUCGAGAGUCAGGGGGUGUGUACUCUGAUGGCCUUGGGGACACUCGGACGGUGGAGGAAGGCUCAAUGUGCUGAACAGUACCUCUUCCUCUGUGAAAAAGAAAUAAGGGAGUCUUUGUCGUCUGUGGACAGUUACCUGACUGGAUUGGUUCUCAUGACCGGCAUAUAUGCUCAUACCCAGAUACAGCCCUUUCCCUACGUCCCAGACAUCGGACAGCUCACGGUGGAGAUGCAGCUGUUCCCAGGCCUGUGGUUCAGUCAUGCAGGUCAGUUGGUGUCAGUGGAGCUGGUGGUCCAACCCAGCCCAAAGUCCUCUCUGGCCCGUGUCCAGAUCCUCCGACCCUACUGCAACCCCAACCACCACCUGGUGCCUCCAGGCUGCAGCUCUCUCCUUAAUCCAUUCAGCUGCUGCUCAGCAGUACCGCUGUGUAACACCACAGGGGGCUGCAGCAUGGGCCAGUACUGGUGCCACCUGAUGGAGGCCUGUGUGCGCACUACUAGCCCCUGUAGCACAUAUGACUCUGCGGCAGGGGGGCGCGGCUUUGCUUUACCGCCCAGAUACCCUGCAAUACCACCCUUCUACCACUUGGUGGCAGACAUGCCUCUGAGAAUAAACCCUAGCCGUGAACUAAAAACUAUAAGUCUGCUUCUUCCAGACCGAGCGAUCAUGGUGUACCCUGAUGAUAUCGUAGCCUUACAACACACUCGUGACUCUGGAACAUUCCUACAUUGCUUGAACGGUGUAGCUUCUCUAAACUCCCCUUGGCGUCAGAGUUACAUGUCCCUUCGGGGGAAGGAGUGGGGAGGCUGGUGGGAGGGAGGCCUCACCUCUCUUCCCCAAGGAGGCCAGUGGGUGGAUGGGGUGGUGUGCGAUCUGAGGAUGCUGUACGUAGACAAUCUUCACAGAGGUACAGAGCAUGAUGAUAACUUCGGCUUCACCCAAAGAGAGACAACCACAGCGACAGAUAUCUGGGCCCUGACAACUGGUCCAACUCCAAGUCUGAGAUCUAAAUUUGCCCUUCAUGUCAUCCACCCUGUACCUGACGAAAAGAACCAGAUUCAUGUCCAAAUCAACGUCCCAACACUCAUUAUUGUCAAGGUCCUGUCUGGACAGAAAGCUAAGAGCUCGUGGUCAGCCCCAGUUCUUCAGACAGGGGUCCCCUUCCUUCCUUCUUGCCCUGAAGAGAUGGCUCAGUCUUGGCCUGGCUGUAAGAGACAGUCCCAUGAUGAGUGGUUCUCCUCUGUGACUCUGGUCUUGCCUUCAGUGGGAGUUAAAAUGCUCAACAUCAGUGUGAUGGAUGCAGUCAGCUCGCAGAGUGUGAAUCUGAGGGUUUGUGGCUAUGAAGCAGUGACAGGGCUUAGUGUUGUACCACAUGGAUGCCUGAGGAUGCUCAUAGAUACUCCACAGUCAUUUCUUGCCAAAGUGGAGAGUGGCUCCUCAGUAAAAUUCAAAUGGGUGAUCGACAACCAGGAGAGGCUUGCCCAUGAAACUUACAGUGUAGUGUUCAAGAAGCCUGCUGAGUAUAAGCUCAUGAGCCAGCAAAUCCUCCUGACCGCUGAUGAAAUGGCCCCACUGCUAGAACCACAGUUUCUGUUAGUCAAGAAGGUUGUAGCUGUGGAUGCUACACACCUCUACACCCUCCGGGUCAAAGUAGACAUCUCCCUGCCAGUCACCUUCAGGUGGGAUUUUGGGAAUGGUGGUAGCAAGGUGAUCCACACCCAGUCUGCUCCAUGUCAGACCGUGAAGGAGCUUAUUGAGAGAGGAGAGAAGCAAGUGUAUGUCCAGGACUCGGUGAACUAUACCUAUUCCAUCCCAAACGACUACACCCUUCAUGUCCAAGUCUCCAAUCCAUAUGACAACACUGACGCAGCCGUGAAGAUAAGCGUCCGUCCUCAAUUAAAUCGCCUCCUCAUUUCCACUUCCCUCCCCGUGCCCCUUGUCAAACAGACCCUCCUUCUGGACGUGUCUGCAGAGCCCUCCACCUACGCUGUUGUCUUCACAUGGGACUUUGGCGACGGCUCCAAAGCUGUCCAAGUUAUCCACCCUAAAGUCAGCCACACUUUUGAAUCCGCAGGGAUUUAUAACAUCACAGUGUGUGCCAACAACACUCUGACAGUCCAGACCACCUGGCUCAUGGUGGAAGUCAUGGAGAAAAUCUCUGGAUUAACAGUCAGCUACAGCGGACCCAGUGAGCUAAGCUCUGCUACAGAUUUCAGAGCUUCGGUGGCCACUGGAACGAGUCUCAUGUGGAAUUUUGACUUUGGCGAUGGGUCCCUGCAGGGAAACCUUACAGAUGGUUCAAUCUCCCACAUCUAUAAGUCACCAGGGAUCUAUACAGUAGAUGUAACUGUCUCCAAUUCUGUCAGCCAAGCUCAUCGGUCAGUCAGUGUAGAGGUCUAUAGAUUGGCUGUUAGUGGAGUUCUUCCCACAGAAUGUGUCAUGAGUGGCAGAGACAUACAGCUUAUCGCUCUGUUGAACGGAAACAUAUCCAAUCUGACUUUCCAUUGGUUGUUUGGAGAUGGAUCACCACUGACUGUAGUGAAGGGACAGUCCACAACCACGCACACAUUUCUAAGCCAAGGGAUUUUUCAUAUUAGUCUGACUGUGUUUAGUUCCGCUUCAUCUGUAUCAUUUAAUACAAGUAUCUGUGUCGAAAUGGCAAUAACCAACGUGACCUUGCAGUCAUCACAGGAAGUAGUGGCAGUCGGAGAAGAGGUGUGCUUCAGGGUGUUAGUUUUCCCUGAACAGAUGACAGGUUAUCAAUUGAAGUGGUUUAGCAGCCCCUCUAGUCUCAUUGCCAGGACAGAAAACACUCAAAAUUGUUUCGUCUUUAAAGAUGAAGGUGUUGAAGAGGUAUCAGUGACGGCAAGUAACAAGGUCAACAACCAAACAGCUAAUGCUAGCAUCACCAUUCAAAACCCUGUGAGUGGGCUAUCUGUGGAGCACGACAGUCAAAAUGAUACUCUGACAGUCAAUACAUUAGCAUCAUUUUGGGUUGCCAGUUGUACUGGCAGCAAUGUGUCAGUGCUGUGGGACUUUGGUGAUAGCUCUCCAGUGGAGCAGAAACAAAACGUGUCACAUAUCUUUACCUUGACGGGACAAUUCACAGUCACCGCCACAGCUUUUAAUGCUGUUAGCCGUGAUUCUGUGACUCUUAGAGUAAAAGUUUUACUUCCUAUUUCAGACCUUUCACUUCACACCAACCAGCCUUAUGCUGUAGUAGGAGAAGAAACUCUUAUCUCAGCAAUUAGCAGUGCUAUCAGUGGCACCAACUACUAUUGGGCUGUGGAUGGUAUGACCUCAACUCAACAGGGGGCUUAUCAGUUUAAAUUUACUUUCCGGGAAGCAGGAGUGUAUCAAGUAAGGGUUAUAGCAAAUAACUCUGUGAGUAUAAAGGAGGCAGCUAUUUUAAUUGAGGCCUUUGAAAGAAUAGAGGGUCUUCACAUUGAAUGUCAGAGCCUGACAAGCAUGAAAUACGUAUCAACCCAAGAGGAACUGCUGUUCGCUGCUUCUAUCACUAAAGGCUCCAAUGUCACUUAUCACUGGCUUGCUACACAGAGCGGAGUAAACCGACAAAUUACUGAUGAUGGAGAUAUUUUUCACAUGUUGGCUGAAACUCCCGGUGGGAUUUCAGUUCAUCUGAGAGCUUUUAACAAGUUGGGUGAGACCACCAGCAUUGUUUCUUUAGUUGCAGUACAGCGUGUAACAAGUGCGCAUAUUACAACACAAUCAAACACUGUGGCACUAGGAAAAGUAGUGAAUAUCUCUGUGUCUGUGAUUGCCGGCUCAGACCUACAGUACCUUUGGUACGUGAAAUCGGAUCUGUCACCCCUACAGACAAACACUCCCUUUCUACUCCACACUUUUACAAGUGUGGGUCAUUGUCUUGUCAAAGUUUCAGUUCAGAAUGUCCUCAGCCACAGCAAUGUCACCAAAGAGUUUAACGUUCAGGAGGAGGUCCAAGGGGUGGACAUUGAAAUUGAAGGAAAGACACAUCCAUUCUAUAUCACCACAAGUGCUGCCGUUCCACUCCAUGGCCUUAUUUGGAGGGGUAGCGAUCUGCACUGGAACUGGAAAAUUGGAGGUGCCACAACCAUGCUUUUUAAUGCAACCAAGCAGACCGUUAUCUACUCUUUUCCACGUGCAGGUAUCUAUCAGGUGUCUUUGAAUGUCUCUAAUCAGAUAAGUUGGCAGAUAGUUUCACACAGUGUUACAGUCCAGGACGCGAUCAAAGAUCUAAUGCUGAACAUUUCUAAGUCUUCUUUCUGCACAGAGGAACGAGUUACUUUUAUUCCAACAAUCUCCAGUGGAAGCAAUGGAAGCUUUGUUAUAACAUUUAAAAACAAAGACUGGAUUCAAAGUCAGGGCGUUCCCGAAGGACGGUUCACCACAUCAAGCUUUCCAGCAGGGACAUAUCUAGUCACAGUGACAGCUUGGAACCAGGUCAGUAGUGCCGAGGUUUCUUCUAGCUUUCUGGUCACUGAGAAUAUCCGCGCUUUGCGACUUGUUAACUGUUGUUCUGGCGCUCUUGAGGCUCUCAAAGGAAUCCAUUUCAAGGCAGAAACACAGAGCAGACUUCCAGUCAACUACACCUGGAUGUUCCACUUGGUGGGGUUUGAGCCGACAUGGCUCACGGGACAAGAAGUGAUCUUUACUCCACCAGAGAGCGGUUCAUUGUCUGUUAGCGUGCUAGCCACUAAUGGUGUCUGCUCCAAGACGGUAAAUGAUACCGCUACAGUUCAGUGGCCUGUUGAGAAGGUCAAGCUAGUCUCUCAUUCAGACAGAAUAUUUGUUGGACAUGCUGUGACACUUUCUGCAAAAGUAAAUGGAGGGAGCCACCUCACAUACCUCUGGGACUUUGGAGACUCCACUGAAGUAUUGGCGACAGACUUAUUCACAGUCAAUCAUACUUAUUAUAUUCCUGGAAAAUACAGCGUCACGCUCAAAGUUGUCAACAAUGUCAGCCAUGUGUCCACACAGCUACACAUGGAGGUGGAGGAGGCCCAGUGUUCCAGGCCUCGAGCCUCUCUUGUCCAGAGCCACUCUACCAUCUUCAGGUCUAGACCAAGUUUUUUUGAAGCAAUCGUUGAUAUUAACUGCUCUUCUUACAAAACCACGUAUCAAUGGGAGAUACUCAAAGAUUCUGAUUGUACCAAUGCCAAUUCAAAACUCUCUUGGAACAAGGUUAUUCUUAGAGGUCAGAUAGAUACCGCUUUACCUAUUCUCUUACUCCCAAAGCAUACCCUCGACAUUGGACAGUAUUGCCUUGUAUUCACGGUUUUACUGCAGGAAACUCCUCUACUUGUUCAACAAAGAACCACCAUCACAGUGGCCCACUCUCCACUGGUAGCUGUCAUUAAGGGAGGCUCACACAGACUGUGGCACUGCCUGAGUGACCUCGUUCUGGACGGAUCGGAUUCCCACGACCCUGACGUUGAGCAAGGAGUGGACGAUACACUUCAAUAUGACUGGACCUUCGUGACACUGGUGACUGUGUGCGAAGCUCCUGUGCUUCCUGUGAUUGUGGAAUGUGUGUCCUGCUCUGUCCCGUCCUCCCCCCAGCACACUAGUUACACCGCCUCCAUCGUCCUCUCAGGACGAUGUGGACAGUGUGACGGCCAGGCUCAGUACAAAUGGAGUGCUGAGGACCAGGCUGGCAUCGCCCUUGACCUCAACGAGGUCGCCACCUCUGCAGGGAGACACUCUCCUACCUUGGAGGUGCGUUCAGGUGUCCUGCAGCCAGGGCAGAGUUAUACCUUCACUCUCAAUGUAUCCCAGCCUGAUCAAGGGAGGUGGGGCAGCGCCAGCCUGACGAUGUUACCUAACAAUCUGCCACACGGAGGCCUGUGUGAUCUCAGUCCAGAGUCAGAUAUACAUCUGCUCGAGACAGUGGUCACCUACAACUGCUCAGGGUGGCGAGACGAUGAAAGCAGGGCCUCUCAGCUCAUCUACACCUUACAGGUUGCGCCGUGCCAGCCUGUUAGUAUGGUGUGCCCCCUGCUCACUCUGUACAGGGGUACUCGUUCAACAUUUGGCAGCCUGGUUCCAAUGGGCAGUUUUGGCAAAGAAAGAAGCAUGUCCGUUAUCAAAGUUACACUGCUGGUAGAAGACCAUCUGGGGGCAAAGGUCAUUGCUCUGAACAGAAUGUUAACAGUUCAUAAUCCUGUGAGGGAAGAAGUUGCCAGUCAGUGGCUCAGAAACAAGAGCCAGACAGAGCUGUGGGCUUUGGUCCAACAUGGCAACCCUCAAGAGAUCAUCCCUUAUUCCAUUGCUCUCACCAGCCAGCUUAAUCAGAUGGAGACUGGACAGACCGCCAGGGAGCUCAUGGACAGAAGUGAGAUCCGUGAAAAUGUGACUCAAGCCCUUGCCUCUCUCCGCGUGUCCUCCUUGCUGGAUGUUGAUCAGAUCAGCUCAGCAUUAUUACAAUCUACUGCUGUUCCAAGUGAAUUGGUGUGUGGAAACUGCCAGAAGAGGGUUCUGGAAGCUGUGGGGAAGAUGAUCCAUGUAAUGGAGGAACAGCUGGGUCCUGGUGUUUUGUCUGCGGCUGAAACAGGAAUGAACAUCCUUAACAUCAUAGGCAACGCCCUGGCUGCUGUGUCUGAGUCGUCCGGUGCUCCCGGCUCUCACCCAGCCUUCUCGAGCGCUCUGCAGUCAGCUUCCACAGUCGCCCUGUCAGCACUGGGUCACGCAGGGGCCCUGAUGCGCACUUUGAUGCAUUCACAUGUUCAUGGUGAGGCACCGCUUUCAUUCUCCACCCCUUAUAUCGAUACAGUGGGCUUCUGUGGAGACCCCUCGGACCUCCUCUGCACUAACCGAUCCAACUGGUCAUACCAAAACCGGUUCAUCCCGUCUCAGUCAUCCUCAACUGAUGAGUGGAGGAGUUCCCGUCCAUGUCAUUUUCAUAUCCCCACCUCCCUCACUGCUCACCUGAAGAGUCAGAAGUCUGAGGUGGUGCAGGUGCUGUUUGGUGUGGAUGCAGAAUUGGGAUCCAACCCUUUGCUGACUGCAGCCGACCCUCCAAUUUCCACCAGCCUGGUUGCCAUGGAGCUCACCACACCUCAGGGCAAACCCAUACAAAUCCGUGAUCUGGACCCUGAACAGGCCAUCCAGGUCACCCUGCCAAACAAGUACCCUGUGGGACAGGGAGAUGGGGGUGGAGAUGGGAGGGGAGGUGAGGCUGGGAAUGAGACUUGUCUCACUGUACCUCUGCCCUCUGAAGGAAGGUUGAACCUCACAGUCAAAGCGGUGGAUGGACUUGAUGAAAACGCAGGUUUAUAUAUCUCCUUCAACUUCAGCCUGGACCCAGGAGCUACGCCAGUGAGCCUGGGACAUGUCAAGAUAGAAGUGAGCUCCACAGUGCCAGAGACUAAUGCAUCCCAGGAUUCCCUGGUGAGAGAGUGGGCUCUGACUCUCUCUGCUCCGACCGCCUCCACAGAGGAAUCCAUCUUUUUGUCUCCACUCUCUCUGUGCCAGUACUACAGUGUGAAGGAGAGGCGCUGGAGCAGUCAGGGUCUGCAGCCACUGGAGGGCAGCACACUCCAUGCAGCACACUGUCUCACCCAGCACCUCACCAUGUUUGGGGCCAGUUUGUUUGUUCAUCCUGGGGCCGUUGUUCUGCUGCCACCGUCAGGCGGUCCUGUACGUAACAUGGUGGUGCCGAUUGCAUGUGCUGUCCUGGUUCUUAUUCACCUGCUGGUGGGGCUCAUUGCCCAUAAACUGGACCACUUGGACAGCUUGAGACUGAGCCAGAUCCCUCUGUGUGGCCGACCUGGGCUGUACCAUUACAGAGUGCUGGUCAAGACUGGCUGGAGGCGAGGAGCAGGCACCACAGCACAUGUUGGCAUCAGUCUGUACGGUGUGACCAAGAGUGGGUCUCGCCAUCUGCAGAGGGAUGGAGCCUUUCAGCGUGGCAGCCUGGACCAGUUUCACGUGGAGACAGAUGACAACCUGGGAGAAGUUUGGAAAAUUCGCAUCUGGCACGAUAACACAGGUCUGGACCCGUCUUGGUACAUGCAGCAUGUGGUGGUCUGGGACCCUCAGACAGACCACAUGUUCUUCUUCCUGCUGGACGACUGGCUCUCUGUGGAGAAUCCGAGGAACGGCACAGUGGAGAAGGAAGUUCUCGCCUCAUGUCCCGAGGAGCUCUCUCGGUUUCGACGCGUCUUCGUCUCCCAGCUCAUGUUUGGGAUGGUUGAGCACCACCUGUGGCUUUCGCUGUGGGAACGCCCUGCCCACAGCCUUUCCAGCAGGGCUCAGAGGGUUACGUGCAGUGCCCUCGUGCUCCACCUCUUCCUGGCGCUGGGCGCUCUGUGGUACGGGGCUGUUGGCACCGAGGGGCACAGUGGGCCGGUGUCAGCUCAGCUGCUGGUUAACGUGGAGACGGUUGCCGUGGGGAUGGCUGUUGCUGUGCUGGUGUUUCCCCUCCAGUGUUUCCUCUGCUUCCUGUUUAGAAAAGCUCACAGUCGGGUGGCCGUGGACAUGUCAGUUCCUCCUUCCCCCAUAUGUCACUCUGUGGAAAUGGACGUCUACCUCGGCCAAUCGGAUCUCUCCGGCCCUUCCUUCCUGUCUCUGCCAGACUCCUCCGGCACAGACAGGGAGAGUCCUUCAUCUUUGCUGGAGAGCAAAGCGUUUGACUCCAGCAUUCUGGAUUUUUGGGCUGCGUCAGGCUUGGCUCCCCAGACAGAUGGAGCGUGUCAAGAGGAGGGCAUAAGCACAUGGCCUUCCUGCGACAGCCUCCUCAAUCUACCAGUCGGCCCAUGCCUCAUCAAGAUGACCCCAGCCCCCAGCGUCUGCGAGGCUUCACCUGCUCUUGGCCCGAUACGCCAGCUGAGGAGAAAAAAGGCCCUGAUGCAGCUCCGCCUGGCCUCACCUUCCUCCGAUGCCUCACCCAGUGCUCUUCUCUCUCCACUUUCCACAUAUCCACUCUCAAAAGACAUUUCCAGCUUCCACCAGUCCCAUGCUACACUAAACCAAAAGGGCUCCGCCAUGAACACCGACUUAGCUCAUAACUACAAUCUUACAACACUUCUGACUCUGUCUGAGGAGGAUCUGCUGAUGUCUAUAGCUGCUGCAGCAGAGGACAGAGCAGACAUAACUAACAACAACUCAGACAGCGGCCGGGAUUCCCCUCGAACCACAUCCUCACUCUCAAACACGCGGAGCACCUCCUGCAGCAGCUGGUCAGCGCAGAGUGAAGAUAAGUCCCUCUGUGGUGCAGAGGUCCACAUUUCAGCCGCCUGCCCCUCCCUGUAUGGGGCCGAACUCUACAAGUGUCCCUCCGUGCUGUCUGUAGACUCCGUGGCAAGCACCUUCCUGCCGAGCCCUUCUCCAGACUCCACACGCUCCUCCUCCGCCACCCGCAUAGGCGUUGCUCGAGGCCAGCCCAGCUGGCUGCUCCCUCCCUGGGCAGUGUGUGUGAUGUACCCCCUGGUGGCUGCGCUGCUGGGAGCCUGCCUGGCUGUGGUGGGACUCUACGGCAGCUUCUUGUCCAGAACAGCUGUCCUCAUGUGGCUGGUAUCGGCUCUCUCUGCCUUCCUCACCUCAGCUCUGCUGCUCGAACCUCUCAAGGUGUGUGUGCAGACGUUGAUCUGCGCAGCACUGUGGAGGCCUGUGGAUCCAGAGGUGGAGGACCAGCUGGCUCAGGAGACCACUGUGGUGAGGGCAUUUGGAGAGCAUGGCGGGAAGGUUCGGCCGCCAUGUGGCUAUGGGCUGCUGCAGGCUAAAGAGGAGGCCCGCAAAGUCCGAGCUCUGCGAUCACUAAUGAGGCACUGUGUGUGCCAGCUGUUAUUCCUGUUGCUGGUGCUGAUGGUGAACUACCAGGACAGCGUAGAGCAGAGGCAGGGCAGGCUGCUGCACUCUGCUGUCAGACGCCAUCUUCACACAGCACCCUUGGGUGUCCGGAACCUCUCCACACUCAGAGACUGGUCAGAUGCAGAGCAGUGGAUUAUCCAUGCCUUGGUGCCACACCUCCAUGAAAACCCGACGCUGCGCCUUGUUGGAUUGCCACAGCUGCAGCACACACAUACUCUCAGUCCUCUGGAGACUGCUUUCCUGGGAGACAGCAGUGUAACAACGCACCAUCUCCUAGCUGACCUGCACAUGGCAGACUGGAGUCAGAAACAGUUUAAAACUCUGUCAAUCAGCUUCACACACCACCACAGAGAGUCAGGCUUAUUUGUGUGUGUGUCCAUACAACUACAGUGGGCUUGGAAACAGAGAGUCACCCCCCUCCUCUCCAUCCUUCCCCUCCUCAUCCCUUCAUCCUUCUCUGGACUGGACCUGCAGGUGGCACUUGCGGCUCUUCUACUCAUCUCUGCUCUCCUCAUCUUGUUCGGAGAACUGUGGUCCAUGGCUACUGAGCGUGCCCCGUAUCUGCGUCAAUGCAGACACUGGUUCCAGCUUCUCCUGGCCUUGUUGUCCCUGGCAACAGCAAUCCUGCAGCUCUGCUUCCUAUCCCAGGCCACCUCGUGUGUUUCCAAGGCCCUUCUCAUAUCAUUGCUGUGUGUUCCAGCUGCUGGGAACCUUGAGGUUUGUGCAGAGGUGGGUGGUGUUAGGCAGAGUGCUGCAGAGAGCCUGGAGGGAGCUGUGGGCUCUGACUGUCCUACUGCUGUUGCUGCUGCUGCUCUGCGCUCACCUCGGAAACACAUGGAAGGUUUCCUGACAGUAUGUCAGACUGUUGUCUCCAUGCUGUCCAUCCUGCGUGGCCGGAUGGCUCUCCAAAGACUAUGCAGGGUCCACCCAGUCCUUGGCCCUCUCUAUGGGCUACUACUGAUGGGGGCAGGUGUUUGGCUCUUGGCCAGACUCUGUGGAGCUGUUCUUAUCCGUGCAUACAGGGCAGAGCAGGCUGACCUGUACCGUCCAACCAUUGAAACUCAAGACUAUGAGAUGGUGGAGUUCUUCAUCAAGAGACUGAAGCUGUGGAUGGGACUGACCAAAGCUAAAGAGUUCAGGCACAGGGUGAAGUUUGAAGGUAUCCCUCCUUCCAGGUCCUCACAGCGAUCUCGUCUCUCGACCCUGUCUUCCACACUCCACUCUUCCCGCUCUCCUUCCCUGUCCUCCUCAUUUUCAUCCCCCCGCCCCCUGUCCUCGGCUCUCUCUACGAGGUCUGAGGACUCGUCGGCGUCUGAGCCUGGGUUCGACGCCCAGCCGUACAUGGAGCGCCUUCUGCCCUGUGUCAGUACACUGCUGUCUCGUUUUGAUCAGGUGAAUCAGCUUACUGAGGACAUUCACAACCUGGAAAUGAAGCUGGAAGAGGCUCAGACAAGAAGAAGGAAGAGGUGGAUCAGCAACAAGGACAAAGGUGCAGAAAGAUUUGUAGAGUCAACAAAGUCAAAGGAACUGGAAGGAGAAGGAAGAGACACAGGAGAUGUUAGACACAGGAAAACAGGUCUUCUUUACCCCAAGCCUCGAGUCUCCCUUCCAUCAUCAUUUUCUUUCACUCCCUCGACACUUCACUUCUCUACCGCAUCGAUCUGCACCUUUCCACGUACACGUAGCACCUACUCUGAAUCUGAAUCAGUUCCACUCCACUCUCAGGCAUCUAGUGACAACCAUACUUCUGAAGCAGCCACGCUUGCAUCUGGGAUCUGUGGUUUGUAUCCUGCAGGCCCUCCCGGAAUUUACAGGUUCCCCAGGAGAAGAGCUUGGCAUUCUGGGAGUUCGCAUUCAGCUGAUGCAGCUCACAGGAUCUUCCAGACCCAAGGUGGAGUUGCUCCAUGUGGCACCGGAGGAGGAAACUUAGCAUCCAACACCAAGACCAGACCCAGGAGUGAAGAAGGGGUCAGAAGACACAUCAGUGACGCAGUCCCUGUGAAGAGGAAGGCUUGGAUCUCUGAAGGAUCAGAGACUGAGCAAGACUAACCACAUGUUUACACUGGGAGUGAACCAAGUUAAUAAAUCCUGUUCUGACUGGAUCUCUGCUGUGGUUUGAAGCUACAAUGUGUUGAACAGCCAGGCUUUGUU